CACCCGCAGCACACUGGAAAUGAAACCCAAAUUUGUCCCUCCCAACGCUUAGUCCGUGUAUCAAUUUUGACCCUUUCCUUCAAACCUCAGUAUCAAUUUGGGUCCGAUUUGAGUAUCUGUCACUUCCAAUUUCCAAAUGGUUCUUUUCCACAGUCGUCGGGUAGCAACUUCGUUUAGAAGAAACUGUCUUCUGAUUCAGAAAGCUAAACUCAACAAUACCGUCUUCCCCCAUUCCUCUCUUCUCCGUAUCACAUCCAGCAGUGAAGUUUCCUCACUCAGCCCGCGUAGAAACCAAAUACCGACUUCCCCUUCAAAGAUUCACGUCCAAGAUUCAGUUUCCUCUCACCCAAGUUCAGUUCUUCUGGUUUAUAGAAAUUUCAGCUUCCACAGAUCAAUCCUCGAACAUCCGGCCAACAUCCAAUCUACCAUUGAUGCCGAUGAGCAAAACCCACAUGUCAAAAGCGGUCCAAUUGCUGCUGAAGACGCGGAGAAACUCUGCAGAGUACUAUCGAACCACCUCAGUUCUUCCGGCGUUGAAUCUUCUUUGGAUGGCACCGGCGUUGAGAUCACGCCGGAGUUAGUUCUGCAAGUUCUGAAAAAGCUCAGCAACGCCGGCGUUCUGGCGCUAGCCUUUUUCCGAUGGGCCGAGAAGCAGAGGGGUUUCAAGCAUGGCACAGAGAGCUAUAAUGCUCUGAUCGAAGCACUAGGGAAGAUCAAGCAGUUCAAGAUGGCUUGGGAUUUGGUGCACGAGAUGAAACAGAAGGGCCUGCUGACAAGGGAGACCUUUGCUUUGAUUUCUCGGAGGUACGCCAGGGCGAGGAAGGUGAAAGAAGCCAUUGAGGCGUUUGAGAAGAUGGAGAAGUUUGGAAUGAAACUAGAAUUGCAAGAUUUUAACAGACUGCUCGAUAUACUGAGCAAGUCCAGACACGUUGAGCGUGCGCACCAGGUGUUUGAUAAAUGGAAUAACAGAAAGUUCAAGCCCGAUAUCAAGUCCUACACGAUACUGUUGGAAGGGUGGGGGCAGAAACAGAAUUUGCUGAGAUUGGAUGAAGUUUAUCGAGAGAUGAGGGAUGAUGGGUUUGAGCCGGACGUGGUGACUUAUGGAAUCCUCAUCAAUGCUUAUUGCAAGGCUAAGAAAUAUGAUGAUGCAAUUCGGGUGUUUGAUGAGAUGGGAAGGAAGAGGGUCGAGCCCACUCCCCAUAUAUACUGUACUCUGAUCUAUGGGUUGGGUUCUGAGAAGAGGCUGAGUGAAGCUCUCAGGUAUUUUGAGCUCUCCAAGUCUAGCGGUUUCACCCCAGAGGCGCCCACUUAUAAUGCGCUUGUGGGAUCGUAUUGCUGGUCAGAGCGGAUGUAUGAUGCAUAUAAGGUGGUGGAUGAGAUGAGACAGUUUGGGGUCGGUCCAAAUUCCCGAACAUUCGAUAUAAUUUUGCAUCACCUUGUGAAGACUCGAAGGACAAAAGAAGCUUACUCUGUUUUCCAGAGGAUGAGCACUGAGGGAUGUGAGCCGACUGUGUGUACAUAUGAGAUCAUGGUUAGGAUGUUCUGCAAUGAGGAGCGAACUGAUAUGGCGGUGAGGGUUUGGGAUCAGAUGAAAGCCAAGGGAGUCCUUCCCGGGAUGCAUAUGUUCUCGACACUGAUAAACGCGUUGUGCCAUGAGGACAAACUGGAUGGAGCCUGCAAAUAUUUUGAGGAGAUGUUGGAUCUGGGCAUUAGGCCUCCUGCCUAUAUGUUCAGUAAUCUGAAAAAGUCUCUACAUGAUGAGGGUAGGAAGGACACCGUUCUUAUGUUGGUUCAGAAGAUGGACAAGCUGAGAAAAACUCCAAUAACAAUCGAUUCUUGAGGUGAUGUGAUAAUAUUGAAUUUUGGUAAUUACUAGACAUGUCCCCCAAGUGCGUCAUCUACAAGAAUUUUGGGUACUCACUACUCAUUGACGCCAAAGAGCAGGUAGGAAGCACUAUGUUUUAACAAUCCAAAGUGGUAUUAACAUCUACUUUCUCCCUCCUUUCUUUCAACUGUGUUGAAGAUAUUUUUGAUAAUCCAGUUUGUUUACCAUUUUAUGGAGCUCACGGUUUCAGGAGCGUCAGGCACUCGGUAGCUUCUAUAGGGGAUAGUUUGCACUGCUUUUUAAUUUUUUUAUUUUUUUUGGCAUAAGUAGAUAGUUCGACUGUUUUUU